AUCGCACCUACAGCUAGCAACAACCAAGUUGCUCAACAUCACAGAAGCUCUUUUCCACAACAGUGACUUCAUGGGAAGUUUGCUGUUACAUGUCCGAAAAUCCCAGCUGUUGUCUGGUCAAUCAUAGGGCUACAUGUUCAUGUCCCUUUUUUUCUCAUAGUACUUGCUAAAAAGGGAAAUAGACAUCGGAUGGUCUAUUUUUGGAAAUAAAAUAGAGGAUCUUGCUUUGAUAAAGACUUCCAAAAUGAAACAAGAGACACUAACAUUGGUACUGGUGAAUUUUGCGGGGAUUAUGCAGAGAGCUGAUGAGUCUUUGUUGCCAGGAGUGUAUAAAGAAGUUGGUGCAGCUCUACAUACAGACCCAACUGGGCUGGGUUCACUCACUUUGUUUAGAUCAGUAGUUCAGUCUUCUUGCUACCCAUUAGCAGCUUACCUUGCUGUGCAUCAUAAUCGUGCCCAUGUCAUUGCUCUUGGUGCUUUUCUUUGGGCUGCUGCCACCUUCCUUGUUGCCAUAUCCUCUACAUUUUUACAGGUGGCAAUUUCAAGAGGUCUAAAUGGGAUCGGACUUGCCAUAGUCAUACCUGCCAUUCAGUCUCUUGUUGCCGAUUCGACCGAUGAAAGCAAUCGCGGUAUGGCAUUUGGAUGGCUCCAGCUAACAGGAAACCUUGGCUCCAUCAUUGGAAAUCUCUGUUCGGUACUACUAGCCACAACAUCGUUCAUGGGGAUAGCUGGUUGGAGAGUUUCUUUCCAUUUGGUUGGAAUAAUAAGUGUAAUAGUUGGUGUUUUGGUCUAUCUCUUUGCCAAGGAUCCACACUUCUCCGAUGCUGAUGGUAGAGCUAAAGAUAAAACUCCUCAGACUUUUAUUUCAGAGUUCAAGGACCUGAUCAAAGAUGCGAAGUCAGUUGUAAAAAUACCAACCUUCCAAAUACUUGUUGCUCAAGGUGUCUCUGGAACAUUUCCUUGGUCAGGUUUAUCUUUCGCUCCGAUGUGGUUAGAGCUUAUUGGAUUCUCUCAUAAACAAACAGCAUCCCUCCUGAACAUUUUUGUAAUCGGUGGUUCAUUCGGUAGCCUGUUUGGAGGAAGAAUGGGGGAUAUCCUUGCUAAACGGUUGCCUAAUUCUGGGAGAAUAAUGCUAUCACAGAUAAGUGCUGGUUCAAGCAUUCCUUUAGCAGGGAUUUUGCUUCUGGUGUUGCCAUAUGAUCCAUCAACAGCAUUCAUGCAUGGUCUGGUCUUUUUCACCAUGGGACUCUGCACAUCCUGGAAUGCUCCAGCUACAAACAAUCCAAUAUUUGCAGAGAUAGUGCCAGAGAGAUCUCGAACAACAAUCUAUGCUUUGGAUAAUUCAUUUGAGUCCGUACUGUCUUCUUUUGCUCCCCCAAUAGUUGGCAUUUUGGCUCAGCGCUUAUAUGGCUACAAAGUUCCCAAAACAUCAUCGGAUUCUGUCAAAGUUGAAACAGAUAGAGAAAAUGCUGUAUCACUUGCCAAGGCACUCUUCAUGUCAUUUGUCGUUCCAAUGUCAAUAUGUGUUUUCAUCUACUCCUUCCUCUACUGGUCGUAUCCAAGAGACCGGGAGCGGGCAAAGAUGAAUGCGCUGAUAGAAUCAGAAAUGCAACAAGUAGAGGCACAGGAUUCUACUUUCGGAGAAGAAUACUCUCAGCUACAUCUUUCAGAAUCAAAAGGGCUUGAUGGAAAGGAAACAGCAGAAACUGAUGUAGAAUAUGGAAAAAUCGAUCGGUUGGAUUUCGAUGAUGAUAGCGACGACAAGGCUCUACUUUCAAAGGACUCUGAUUUCAGAGAAACUUCAACGAUGAAACAAGAGACUCUGACAUUAGUGCUAGUGAAUCUAGCAGGGAUUAUGGAGAGAGCUGAUGAGUCAUUGUUACCAGGAGUGUACAAAGAAGUUGGUGCAGCUUUACAUACUGACCCCACUGGUUUGGGUUCAUUAACUUUGUUUCGAUCCAUUGUUCAGUCUUCUUGUUAUCCACUAGCUGCUUACCUUGCUGUGCAUCAUAAUCGUGCCCAUGUUAUUGCUCUUGGUGCUUUUCUUUGGGCAGCCGCCACUUUUCUCGUUGCCAUUUCUUCUACUUUCUUAGAGGUAGCGGUUUCAAGAGGUCUAAAUGGGAUUGGACUGGCCAUAGUCACACCUGCCAUUCAGUCCCUUGUGGCUGAUUCAACUGAUGAAAGCAAUCGUGGCAUGGCAUUUGGAUGGCUUCAGCUGACAGGAAACCUUGGUUCCAUCAUCGGAGGGCUCUGUUCAGUUCUAAUAGCCUCAAGAACAUUUGUGGGAAUACCUGGCUGGAGAGUUGCUUUUCAUCUGGUUGGAAUAAUUAGUGUAAUUGUUGGUAUUAUGGUCCGUCUUUUUGCUAACGAUCCACGCUUUUCUGAUACUAAUAGCAAAGCUAGAGACCAAUCUCCCAAGUCUUUUAUCUCAGAGGUGAAGUACCUGGUGAAAGAAGCAAAGUCAGUUAUAAAAAUUCCGUCAUUCCAAAUAAUUGUGGCUCAAGGUGUAUCUGGAUCCUUUCCUUGGUCAGCUUUAUCAUUUGCUCCUAUGUGGUUGGAGCUCAUUGGCUUCUCCCAUGAAAAAACAGCAUUUCUCAUGGCUCUUUUUGUAGUUGCUGGGUCACUUGGUGGCCUGUUUGGUGGAAAGAUGGGGGAUGUCCUAGCUAAACGCUUUCCCAAUUCUGGGAGGAUAUUUCUGUCACAGAUAAGCUCUGGUUCAGCCAUACCAUUGGCAGCAGUUUUGCUUCUUGUAUUGCCUGAUGAUCCAUCCACAACAUUCAUCCAUGGUCUGGUCUUUUUCAUCAUGGGAUUUUGCGUAUCCUGGAAUGGUCCAGCUACAAACAAUCCAAUAUUUGCAGAGAUAGUCCCACAGAAAUCUCGAGCGAGCGUCUAUGCUUUGGAUCGAUCAUUUGAAUCUGUGCUAUCUUCAUUUGCUCCCCCUACAGUAGGGAUUUUGGCUCAGCAUGUUUAUGGUUAUAAAACUCCCAAAAAAUCAUUAGACAAUGUCAAAGUGAUAACAGACCGAGAAAAUGCUGCAUCGCUUGCAAAGGCACUCUACACAGCAAUUGGCAUUCCAAUGGCAUUAUGUUGCUUCAUCUACUCAUUCCUCUAUUGCACGUACCCAAGAGACCGGGAGAGGGCAAGGAUGACUGCUUUGAUAGAAUUAGAAAUGCAACAAUUAGAGACAGAUGAUUCUCCUUUGAGAGAAGAACACACGCGAUUGAAUGUUUCGGAAACAAACGGACUGGAUGGAGAUGAAAGAACCGAAAUAGACAUCAAGAAUGGAAGCAAUGAGAGCAUUGAUUUCAAUGAUGAUGACGAGAAGGCUCUACUUUAUCGUCAGCUAACAUUCUCAAAUUUAGCAGACUGACGAACCUGUUAGGCGAAAGCUGUGUUGCUGUUACAUGAUAUACUCAGCUAAUCGAUAUACACAGAAAAAAGUUACAUUAAAAGAACACUCAUUUUGUAUUCAUCCAUUGAUUUGAUGCUAGCUUGUGUUUCAUCACCAAAUUUGAUUCCCCAAGCUCUGCAUUUUUCUGGCAUGAAAGUUUGGCACGUUUUUCUUGU